AUGGCGAGUCAGCAAUGCGCACAUUGUGGUCAGUCUGAUUACCUGAAGAGAUGCUCCCUGUGUCGUGAAGUGUUUUACUGCGGAAGGGAUUGCCAGAAACGGGAUCUUCGUCGUCAUCGACAGCAAGAUGGCUGCAUUUCAAACCACUGCGCGGUGAAGUGGUCGCCACCGACAGAGUUGCGCGAGAUUAGCUGCAAGUGGAAGGGGGACACUUUCAAGGUGAAAGUUGAGUUCGAGGCUACAGUGGCAGACUUGAAGAAGCACAUCUUUGCGAAGCACAAGGAGCUUCCAGUGGAUCAGCAAAUGCUCUUUUAUUCGGAGAAUGUCCUGGAUGGCCAGACACCCAUCAAGGACCUGGACAUCAAGGAGGGGGAGCCUCUGACGGUGAGGUUGCACACUGCACCGUCAGGAGAUGGCGCAACAAAAUCUUCGGAAGAUGUGGAUGCGGUGAAAGGCGCUUCAAAGUCUUCCGCAAUGACUGCCAUGGCCCCAUCCAAAGCAGAGCCAGGAGCUGCCGGCCUUUCAAACCGCGAGCGCGAGAACCGCGCAGCAAGAGAGAAUCAGCGCUGGAGACAGGACGAAGCAGCGCAAUGCGCACAUUGUGGUCAGUCUGAUCACCUGAAGAGAUGCUCCCUGUGUCGUGAAGUGUUUUACUGCGGAAGGGAUUGCCAGAAACGGGAUCUUCGUCGUCAUCGGCAGCAAGAUGGCUGCAUUUCAAACCACUGCGCGGGGAAGCGGUCGCCGCCGACAGAGUUGCGCGAGAUUAGCUGCAAGUGGAAGGGGGACACUUUCAAGGUGAAAGUUGAGUUCGAGGCUACAGUGGCAGACUUGAAGAAGCACAUCUUUGCGAAGCACAAGGAGCUUCCAGUGGAUCAGCAAAUGCUCUUUUAUUCAGAGAAUGUCCUGGAUGGCCAGACACCCAUCAAGGACCUGGACAUCAAGGAGGGGGCACCAUCAGGAGAUGGCGCAACAAAAUCUUCGGAAGAUGUGGAUGCGGUGAAAGGUGCUUCAAAGUCUUCCGCAAUGACUGCCAUGGCCCCAUCCAAAGCAGAGCCAGGAGCUGCUGGCCAUUCAAAACGAGAGCGCAAGAACCGCGCAGCAAGAGAGAAUCAGCGCUUGAGACAGGACUUGACAAGAAAGGAGGAUGAAGCAGCGCAAUUUGCACGUCGUAAUGAUGACCUGCAGAGCCAACUCACCCAGCGCGAAAAAGAAAAUGAGCAGCUUAGAGAGCAGUUGGACAAACAGAAGUGUGUCACCAAAAGGCUGGAGAAAAAGAACAUCGCAGUGAAAGACCUGCUCAAUCACGUUCAGCUUCAAGCACAUGAAGCACAUGAUGAGUUGCGGCUGAAAGGACAAAGGAUCACACGUCUGGAGAAUGAGAAUGCAUAUAUGAAGAAGAGGAUUGAAGAUUUGUUGCAUCAACGCAACAUGAUUGAAGGUUUGCUGCAUCAACGCAAGGUGGUGCAGAAUGGAAAUUCGUCCGAGGGCGAAUGGUGCGAAUGGCAAUUUGAAGAGGACGGUGGUCAUUAG